AUGCGACGAAAGACGCGUUUUGUUUGCGUCUCUGAUACACAUGGAUAUACACCCUCUGAAGCGGGCUUCAAACUCCCAGCAGGGGAUGUCCUCAUUCAUGCCGGCGAUUUGACAAACAAUGGAAGCCUAAAAGAGCUCCGCAAGACAAUGAAUUGGAUCUGCAAGGCCGACUUUGAAAUCAAAAUCAUAGUUGGCGGCAACCACGAUAUCACCUUGGAUCCAAAAUUCUACAAAGAGCAUGGACGAAGCUUUCACGGUCAGCACCUCGAAGAUACACAUCACUGCCUGAAACUCAUCACAGAGUCGCCUUCGGUCGUCCUACUUCGCCAUGAGCCUGCCUUGAUUCGCUUGACGCGAGCAGAUGGACCAAACACGGUAUUUAAAAUUUUUGGGUCCCCGUACUCUCAAUCCCAGGGAAGCUGGGCAUUUGGAUACGAAGCAAGUGAUGCUGCUGCGCUGUGGGGUCAGAUACCAAUAGACACAGACAUCAUCGUCACGCAUACGCCACCACAAUCCCACUGCGACCAGAAACCGAACAGAAUGGCCGUUGGGUGUCCUGCACUUCGUAGUGCAUUGAGCCUCAUUAGGCCUCACUUAGCUGUUUGUGGCUAUGUGCAUGAAGGACGAGGGUACGAACUCGUUCGCUGGCGAGGCGAUCUUACCAAGACAAAAACCGAAGCAGGAACACAACCAGAAUAUGAUUCAGUUGACCAUGUCACUCGGGGCCUUCUGCCACCCGUGGGCAGCAAAAAACAGAGCCUAGUCGAUUUGACUGGCAAACGGGAUAAACGAUUAGACAACGAGGGAUUUUCGCACUUCGGGCAAAGACAGCAUGAUCUGACGGAGACUCAACCAAUGCCAUCAGCCUCGCCGAGGUCAGAGUCAUCUGCUAGAGUCUCUGGAAAAUCAAGUCCACGAAACUCGCCGAGUGCUUAUCCGCCCCUGGGCGCGGGUAGCCAUGGCUGCAGUAGCCAGGGUGUUGAUUACACUUUGCAAACACUAAGAAAGGAGACCUGCGUUAUCAACGCCGCUGUCGUAUCCACUAGCUGGCCGCACCAGGGGGGCAAACGGUUCAAUUGGCCGAUUUUGGUCGAUCUUGAACUUCCCGUGUGGCGGAACGACCACGCGGUCGCGAACGGAUGA